AUGCAGAGAGAAAGGAACCAGAGUGAUUGUACAGCCAUCUAUGGCACUGCCAUAUCGUCUCGGUCACUUGAUGCACAAACCUCAGGCUGUAAACAUUUAGUGAUAUUCCAACACAUUCCAUGGUUUUUAAAAGAUCCCAAUGAAGAGAAAGAAUAUUUCAAUAUUGAGUUGAAUCUACGAUUGAGGAUGCUGGAUAAAUUCCAUAAAGCGGGUGUGAAGACAAUAUUCUGUGGUCACUAUCAUCGUAAUGCUGGUGGAUUUUAUCAAAAUAUGGAAGAAGUGGUGACUUCAGCAAUGGGUUGUCCACUGGGUGAUGAUAAAUCAGGUCUGCGUGUUGUCAGGGUUUUUGACAAAGAAAUUAAACAUCAGUAUUAUGCUAUGAGUGAAAUACCAAAGACGAUUGAUUUGCAACCAAGUUAAAAACAAAGUAAUAUUUAAUUAAACUGUGGUGGCUCACAAAUUGAUUUUUGCAUGGUCUAAUUUUAGUAUCACUGAUAAUUUCCAGUAUCAAAAAUAGUUUAUUGUAUAGUUUAUUGUAUAGGGUGAUUUUAGUGACAGUGCCCUCAGUGUUUAUAUUCUCC